AUGGAGAAACACAACGAAGGAGAGGGUGGAGGCACAACUAGUAAGGAGGAGAUCGAAGCGGCCAUGCGCGAGUUACGAGAGGCUUCGCAUCUGACCCUGGCCAACGUGCUCAAGCGCCUGCGAUUCGAGGAGGAGGACGUGGUCGCGGUGUUCCUCGUGGGCAGCCGGCUCUGGGGCUCGGCCAUGUUCGACAGUGACUACGACUUCAUCAUCGUCCAUCGCUGCCCCACCGCCAAGCGGCCACCCCACGCCACACUCCACAACGGCGAGAUCGAUGCGUCGGCCGUGCACGUAGACGAGUUCAAGAAGCGCGUCGAGGAAGAUCACGAAUUCUACGAGCUGCUGUGCCUGUGGCUUCCCGCCGACUACCGAUGGAAGGACGCUCCCCUCCCCUCCUCUUCCUCAUCUUCUUCAUCUUCUUCAAAAUCGUCAGCAAAGAAGAAGGCCUCGCCAGCGCUAUCUUCAUCUUCAUCUUCCACCAAGCCACAGACGUCAUUCGUGGAAUCUAUACGAAGGAGCUUCGUGCUCAAUCCAUCGAGGCUCUACGCGUCGAUCGAGGAGGAGACAGCGCGCGACUGGCGUGUAGCCCAGAAGUUCAUGGAGAAGGGCAGCCCCGACCGCGGCAAGAAGAUCCUCGUCCACGCUCUACGUCUGCUGCUGCUGGCCAUCCAGCUGGCCCGCGACGGCACCAUGCACGACCUCCACGCCGCCCAGCGCUUCCACCACGACGUCUUCUUUCCCGGCAAGACGAACAAGACGACAGAAGAUGAAGAGAGCUGGAGCCACUACAACGCGCGCUACCGACCCGUCUUCGACGACCUCCGCCGGCAGCUGCACGACCUGUGCGCGACUCAGGGUCGCCCGCAGCAGCAGCAAACACUACGACACGAAGAGAAGAAAGACGAUGAAGAGCCGCGAGUCGAAGUCCAGCCCCGUACGUUGACGCCCGCGGCCAUUGCCAGUCGCAUCAAGGCCAAGGGCCUCGAGAAGCUGCGGUGGUACUGCCAGUUGUGCGGAGAGCAGUUCCCAGACGAGAGCGGGUUCAAGCGCCACAUCACGACUGAGUCGCAUCAGCGCCGGAUGGCCAGCUUCGCGGGCCAGCCGCUCGUCGCGAAAGUGGAAGAAAAAGAGGAAGGCGACGAAGAAGAAGCAGAAGCAGAACAGAAGAAGCAGGGAAAGCCCCAGCAAGCAGGACGAGGGAAGCAACAGCGAGGACGAGGACGCGGACGCGGACGAGGCCGGGGAGGCAGCCAGUGA